AUGUCCAUAAAAGUUUCUGAUUUUUUGCAAAUGGAUAGAUUAUAAGAUUACUUUUAAAAAAUUUAAGAAGAGAAUGAUAAAUAACUUAAAAUUUAAGAACUUACAACAAAAUUAAUUGAAAAAUCACAAUAAAGACUUAAGUAAAUAUAAAAUUAAUUAGAUUGUAGAAUAGGAAUUAAAGAGUUGAUUAAAGAUUUAAUUAAAAACUAAAAAAUCUGAAAGAGCUCAAUACAUUUAUUGAUAUGAAAUAAAAGAUUGUUGAUUCUAAUUUGUUAAAUGAUAAUAGACUUAUGGAUUAAAUAUAAAUUGAAUUCAAUAAUGCAUAAACAAAAACUUAAGAGGAUUGGAUUUAAAAACAAUUGAAUUAGGAUUCCACUUUAAAAACUUAGAAAAAGCAAUCCUUUUCUACAUAUUCCACUAAGAAUUUUUCAUAAUCAAAUUCAGUUGCUCCUAUAAAAAGGGUACUUGAUAAUACAUUUAUGACAUAAACUAUAUAGAAUUUUGUAAUAGAACCAAGAUCCACUAGUUCAUAAAUGUGUAAUGGUUCAUAUAAUUUUGAAAAUUUAAUUGAGAAUGGAUUAUUAACCAAAAAUUAAAAUUCAAUAAAACUUACAGUCUCUAAAUAUUAUUCAAAAUAUUAAAACAAGACAAAUGAAUUCAUAAAAAACAUGAAAUUUAAUUGUAUUGCAAAAUAUAAACCAAUUUAAGAAAAAUUAAAUAAAAAAGAAAUCAAAUUAUCAAUUAAUAAUUCUCAAUAUUCACCUAUAAAAUCAAGAGGAAAACCAUAAACGUGUUAGGUUAGUGAAAUAAAUUAAUUAAACCCUUAAAAAAAAGAAAAUUUUUAAGAAUCAUCUUUAGAAAAUUAAAAAUCAAUCAAUAAAGUUAAUUUGAUUGAGAAAUUUUCAAAUGAAAGAACAAAAAAUCUUUAGACAAUGAUUAAUUAUUACGAAAAUUCGAAUGGAUAAAUUGAUAAAAGAUUUAAAACACCAUAGUAUCGUAAAAGAAUAGGACAAUCUUUUCUUAAAUUUAAUAAAUCUUUGACUGAAGUAGAAUCUGAACUAAAUAAAUCAAGUUAAGUUAAUAAUGAAAUUUUAAGGAAGAUGGAAUCAAUUGUAAAUAAUGUUUAUGAUAGAUAUUAGACAUAAUAAAGUUCUUAUAAUUUUUAUUGA